GUCCAGCCGCAAUUCGAUUCUCCUUCACCCCUACCAGGUUUCACGCAAAGAAGAGUUCUAGAGACGACUAACCUGCGCCGGGGGUUAGCCGGAGUACGGAAUUCACCCUUAGUUGAUCAGAAUCAGAUACACAGAGAAAUGUUUGAUAAUCUAGGAGUUCAAUCUGAAGUACCUAGACCACAAAAGAAUCAGCAACCUGACAUCCCUAACGCAUUUGGGAAUGCUUUUUAUGGUGCGGGUUCAGGGUUUAUAAGAGGUGGUUUAGGCGCUUAUGGAGAGAAAAUCUUGGGUUCAAGCUCAGAAUAUGUGCAAAGCAAUAUUAGUAGGUAUUUCUCUGAUCCUCAAUACUACUUCCAAGUGAACGAUCACUAUGUGAGGAACAAACUGAAGGUUGUUCUGUUUCCGUUUCUGCAUAGGGGCCAUUGGACCAGGAUAUCGGAGCCAGUUGGUGGGAGGUUGUCGUAUAAACCACCAAUACACGAUAUAAAUGCACCUGACUUAUACAUUCCAUUCAUGGUCUUUGGCACCUAUAUUGUGCUGGCUGGCUUUUCAUUAGGCCUUUAUGGCAAGUUUAGCCCAGAAGUUCUGAAUUGGUUAAUCAUAAAGGGUCUGAUGGGGUGGGGAAUGCAAUUCAUUCUUCUGAAAACGUUGCUAGUUUCAUUGGGAAGUGGGGAGGCACCGUUUUUGGACAUAGUUGCUUAUGCGGGAUAUAUGUUCACUGGUAUAAGUUUGGGUAUAGUGGGAAGGAUCGUGUGGAGACACUCUUACUAUUUGUUGAUGCCUUGGACUUGCUUGUGCAUGGGAAUAUUCUUGGUGAAGACGUUGAAGAGAGUUUCGGAGGUGAGAAGUCAUGAUUCAAGCAAACAGCAUUAUCUUCUUCUAUUCAUUGCCUUGGCUCAGUUCCCACUUUUCCUUUGGCUUGGUAAUGUCACUGUUCAUUGGCUUUUCUAAAUUUUUUUACUACUUUGCUUCUCUUAUACUGACUCACCUGACUACCAUACAUUUCAAACAUUUCUGUUGUUGAGGAAGAAACUCUGAAUUCCCAUAAAUCUCGAGGUUUCUUUUCUUCAUUAUAUAUUUGUAGUUAACAAGACAAAAGACUUAUGUAUUUUUUAUGAGAACACAUCUGAACACAUUGAUAACAGUAUUGUCCCCAUUUGGAAAU